AUGCCAAGCCUCGGCAAAAUAGAGGAGUUCAAUUCAGCUACGACAAGCAUCAAUCGCUACCUAGAGCGACUGGAACAAUAUUUGGUGGCAAACAGCGUUCCCGCCGACUCUGCAGGGUCACACAAACGAAGAGCAAUCCUAAUUUCUGUUAUUGGCGCCGAGGCCUACGGUGUUCUUUCGGAUCUCUGCUCACCGAUUCCUCCUUCUGAGAAAACGUAUGCACAGCUCACCACUAUCCUAAAGAAUCAUCUCGCACCGAAGAACCUGGUUAUCUCCGAAAGAUACCAAUUCCACAAUUGUACACAAUGCGAAGGCGAGAGUGUCACAGCGUCCGCUGCUAACCUGAAACAUCUGGCU